AGCAAAUGCUCAAUAUGCUGUGUAUGCUACUAUUGCAAGAGAAGAAAAAAGGUCAGUAUGCUCACAACAAGACCAAGUCACUCACUGACCCAAGCCAAGAACAAACACGGCAAGUCGGCAAGGACAAGAGGCCCAGCGAGCAUCCCUAUGUCGUCCCACUCUCGGCCCAAGUCCAUCAACGGCUGAUCCGAUGCCCGGCCGUUACACUCAGAAUGGGGCCCAGUCGCUCCUGACAAACUCCCCAAAAUUAUUGCUGAGAAAUUAAUAAAUAAAACAAAAAAUAGACAAUAAUUUUUUUUUCCGGGGUUGUUCUUAUCCAUUUACCGUGGUCCAAUCACAGCACUCCACCGCCCACUACCCUUCCCCUGCCCACAGUAUUUCCCCGAUCUCGAGCUAUAUAAACCAAUCCCUGUUCCGUGAUCGCCGCCCUCACAGUCACAGAGAUCACAAAUCAUUUUUCCUUCUUCCAUUUGCGCUUUCGUAAGAAUCGUUGAGAGAGAGAGAGAGAGAGAGAGAGAGAGAGAGAGAUUGUCGGAAUGAAGCAGGCCGGGAAGAGUCACAAGGUAGCUCAGAAUGGCAGCGGCAGCAAGGCGAUGGCCGAUGCUCGGAAGGACAGGAAAUCGGCCACCGGUAUGAACGGAUCGCCGAAGAAAGGAGGCCACGGAGGGAAGUUCACCUGGAUCGGCGGCGACGGCUUCUACUCGCGCGAGGAGAUGUUUCCCCGCGGCGGGGAAGCGGUCGAUCUGAAGGAUCCGAACUUCGAGGAGCCGGAGAUGGUUGCGGAGGAGGAGAAGGAAGAGGGAGGGAUCCAGGCGGCCGCCUGAAGGAGAGAGAUCGCGACCGCCGCAACCAUCGGCUGGAGACUGGACCGUUAGCGAGCUGUAAAUAUUAAUUUACUGAAUCGUGCUGUUAUGGAGUAGAUUUAGUCUCGUCUUUUUACUUGGUUUAAUUGUAGUUGUAGUAGUAAUAAAAGGGGAGAUCUGUAGAGACGUGGUGGUGGUGGCUGUACUGGCGUUCGGUGAAAUUUGAUGAACCAAAGCUCUGAUUUCCGUUUUGACUGUAAAUUGGUUUCCGUUUGGUCGCCGGGACUAAUGGAAGAUCACUUUGAUUUUGAGUUAGCCAAAUAGAAAUCGACAUUGUUGUUCAGGGAGCCUCGGCCCUCAGUUGGCUUGACGGAAUACGAGAGUGAUGAAAGGCAGUCACGCUAUUGUGCUCGCUUCGAGCACAUCAUGGUUGUUGGAUGGAUCCAAAAAUGUCUAAUUUCUAUUACCAAGUGCGCACAGUCAAAUCAGAAUGUGAGCAUCACAAUCGAAUGUGAGAAAGUGGGGGAGAAAGAACGGAGAAGAAGGAGAAGAAGAGUUGCAUUAAAGAAGACUGUGUCAAUAAAAAAAUUUCAUUGCUUAUUUAGUUUGAAUUUUUAUUUUUGUCGCUGGUCACUAUCAAUUCAACUCUCUUAAAUCCGUUUUAGGCAGUGUUGUUAAAAUCGAAUUAGGCAUUGACCCGGAUGAAUAAGAGGUUCAUGCUUUAUUGGAUAAUCGUUGAUUAGCCAAAAUUAAAAACCGAUAUAAACCGAUAUUUGAGUACAAACAAGAAGAAAGAAGUACAGGAAAAAAAAUGGGAAAAAGUCAAAACCCCAAAAAGUACGUGGCUGUAGCCACUUUUAGUGUUUCUAACUUUCUACUAGCCUAUUACCCGGCCCCUUGGCCGGAGAUAGCCCCAAAAGAAUUGGUAGCAGAACUGUUGCGAAUAUCUACACAUCAGCUUGCGUCUUGAAUGCGUCUUUGCUCGGCCCGUUGGUCUAUUGUGAAGUAAUCACUAUGAAUAGAUUUUGGUAAUAAUUAAGUAAUGGUCAGUCAUUUUGCAUUUAAAAAAUAUUAGUAUUGAUACCCACAGUUACAUCACGAAAGAUUUAGAAGUAUUUCAUACAUUUAAAAGCACUAUAGUGUUGAUGAAAAUACAUAUAAAUUAUAUGAAGUAAGGAAGUACCAUAUUUUUUUGGCAAAUAAUAUUGACACUUUACACAACCCCGUCCAUCAAUUCAUAUUUCUUCAUGAAUUUACUUGCCCGACAUCAACUACAAUCCUGAUACUAUGUGCUUCCCAAGAUUAAAAUAAAACAAAUAUUAAUAUUUAAUAGGAUGACAACUGACAAAUGCUAGACGAAUCCUUUUUCUGGAAGGGCAUCUUAAAUCGAGAUCCAGAAGACCAUUGAAUCUGCACCGCAACUGUAAGUUCAUAUGCUCUAACACAAAACCCAGGAGAAUCAGUUAACCUAUAUUAACAUUUCCGAAGCUGCAGUUUGACCCUUUAUAAAACAAAUAAUGCAUCUGAAACUUAGUUGUCGACACUUCCCGGUUCUAGCUUUACAGCCUACAGUGUAGCAAAUAGAUAAUUCGGGCAUGAACAUAUGGGUUGGGAAUAUGGCAAGUCUGCUGGUGUAUACAGAAAAGAGCACAUCAAUUUUUAAAACAAAGGAAGCAUAAUAUAUCCUACCAACAUAUAUAAAACAAAAGCACUUCCACACUGCAACAUACUGCAUAUAUCCUACCAACAUACUGCGGAAGACCAUUGAAUCCGCAUCACCUGUAAGUUCAUAAGCUCUAACACAAAACUCAGGAGAAUCAGUUAACUAUAUUAACAUUUCCAAAGCUGUAAUCCUGAUACAAAAUUGUUAAAUUCACGCCCAACAAUUGAGCUAUUGUGCAAUUUUGGGUUUGGAACAGUCAUUAGUAAAUUGGAGCGGGCUCAAACUAUUUGCCACACAUCCUACAUAUAAGUUCCUAAUUAUCAUAAUCCUAAUUAUCAUAAUCCCUCGUCCGGAUGGCCCAAAAGAGUUUGCAACUCAACCAUCCGAAAGUUCUAGCAAUAUAUGGGUCAUCCAACAACUAUGUAUAAUUGCCUACUAUAUAUGUACAUUAAUUAAGAAAGCAACGCAUAAUUGCCUACUAUAUAUCUACAUUAAGAAAGGAAGGUAUAUUUGUCUCACAAAACCUUCAGAAACUCCAUAAAUAAAUAAAGUCACGACCUUUGACCAACUACUUUCAGUAACCCAUUGGCAAGAAUAACUUGAAAACAACCAAAUCACAUUAAUCUUCCACAUCGUUCCACGGCCCGAUCAAAUCACAGCUGGUAUUUUUUUCUCAGUUACCACUUACCAUCUUGUCGUAGUUGUACCACUACAAUUUCUACUUCACAAAACAGUUAUAAAAUAUUAAAGUAUGAUGCACUGACAAAGAAAGAAGACUCAUUCACCAGUAAAGAGCAUCGGUCAAGAUAACCAACAAUGUAGCAUACAUGAGUUAUCUUUGGUUUCUGUAAUAGGUUCGAAAAACCCCAACAAAGCUCCAAUUAUUUCGUAAAGCUUAAAACCAAAAUGGGAAUGGAAGAACGAAGUAAAAGGAUAAACUUUGGUACCUAAAGCUGGGUUUGCCAGCUGCAAGUCUUCUGCACGCAAGACUAAAACCAUUAAAACUGUUUUAAAUGUGUCGUAGAAAGUUAAAAAAAACACCAGUUGCGAGUUUCACACUGCAAUCCUAAUCACAGGAUUUCUCUGCUAAGGUUUCCUUCUUUGUAGAAACCAAAUUUUUUUAUCACUUAUUUUUUUGAAGAGCAAUCAAAAUCAAAAGAAGGG